AUUUUAUCUUCCCUUUCAUAAGUAUGCUUUAUUCCGGAAGUGGAGCUAAAUAUGAUAAAUUAUGUGGACUCCUUAAAAAGUAUUAAUUUCUAUAAAACUUUGGAAAAUAAACUUCUUAAACUUUCAACUUUGGGAAGUUUUGAUCCAUUUACUGGUUCUAAGGAUUAUAUGGAUAUAAAACAUUUGGAAGAACGUAUUUCUGAAGGAAAAAAAUUGUGGCAGCAACUAUGUUAUUGCACCGAUCUUUUGCUAACUGAAGAAGACUUUCAAACCUGCGAACAAGAUUUAGUAGAACAACUAAUAGUGGGUUUAGGAUGGCGGAUUACAGGCGAGUAUAAGGGAGCACGCACUACUAAUUUUCUCGUGACAUCACCCGAUCCUUAUGGCGUAAAACUUGUGAUAACCUCCAAGCUAAAAGAGAAUUUUUCUACACCUGAAAUUGAGAUUUUUGAUCAUUUUUGCUCGAGUCAUGUAGAAAGAUACUUUAUACAUCAAAGAGGAGCUCAGGGAAUUGGGGUUCUUGCCUUUGAAGUUUCUGAUCCCGAAACGCUGGAUCAUAUUGAAGAUAAAUAUAAAACUUUACAUCCUCAGCUGUGGAUUGGUGCAAGAAUAUAUAGUCCUAAGAAAGAGGCAAUAGAAAAGAACCCAUACUUUGGCACCGUGAUGGGUUCUAUGACUAUACUGGAGGCUUAUGCUUAUUACAAGAGCGAUAAAAUGGAAGCUGAUAAGGGCACUGUGUUACGCUUUGUGUAUGCAAAUGGAGACUUUCACGGAUUUCUUGUUUUGCCAGGCCUCCACUCGGUGACUGCGGAAUUUGAUGGAACCAGUUUGCCUUCUUACUCCGAUCACUGGGUAAGUAACGUAAUAAAUAGAGAGUCUUUUAUAACUGUACUGGAAGACGUGCUCGGAUUUGAGUCUAAAGUUGAAUUUAAUGCCGGAGUCAUUACGGCGGGGCGUGCUAAAAUUCAAAGCACGGUUGCGGGUAAUUCUCCGUCUUCACUUCCCUCUGAAGCCGAUUCCGCCCUUCUUUUAAGGGAUCAGCACCAAGUUUAUAUGGCUAUAAAUAGCGCCAUCACUGACACUGGCCACGUUUAUAAGUUUCUUAAGGAAAUCGGCCAAGGAGUUCAGCAUAUAGCCAGCCGUGUGUGCCAUCUAGCCAAGUUUGUCGAAAGAGUUAAUAAUUAUCGCCGUAUAACGGGCCGUGGCUUUCAGUUUAUGAGUAUUCCACGUUCUUACUACGGGCGCCUGGAAGUUUCUCGUGAUCUUCUUCCCUUGACCAACGACUUGGAUCUUGCGCAAAGAGUGGUCUACGCAUUACAGAGAGCCCAUCUUUGCUCAUCAGGAGGGAUAGUUGAAUUAAAUUUAGAACCGGGCUUUAGCAGAGCUUUAGAAACAAUCCCCGAAUUAGUAGAUUGCAAUUUACUUAUAAAGAUUAAAGAGGCAGUGGCACGUUCGCGGUAUUACAACUUGUACACACUUUUAAGGGACUGCCUCACUGAAAGGGAGUACCUUCAAAUAGUCAGAAACCAAGUCUUGGUUGAUGUUCAAGGAAAUGACGCUCUCUUUCAAAUUUUUACUUGCAAUAUACUCCAGCGAAAAACCAAUGACGAAGCACCUUUUCUGGAAUUUAUAGAGCGGAGGUGCGCUUACAAACAGACGGCUGACGCUGUGCUCCAGCCCCUUAAGCCCGGUUGUGGCGGGUUCGGAAUUAGGAAUUUUUUGGCCUUAUUUCUUUCAAUUGAGGUUUCUGAAGCCUUAAGAGAAGAAGCUGCCGCUGAAGGCACGGACCCUUCGAGAGCAGAGAGGGCCCGGGGAAGGGCCUGGCUGCUCUCUCUCCAGCUGGACGAGUCGAGUAAUGCCAUUACGGCUAUUUCCGACGCCCUCGCCGCUAAGGGGAGGGCCACCGCUGCCAUAGCAGCUUUAGAGAAAAGUAAGAAUACCAAUGCACUGGAGCUUCAUAGGUUAAAGACUUUGCUGAAGAAGCAAAGUGAAUUGGAAAGUCACUAUAAAGCGAAGCUAAAAGAAAUAUCUGUCAAGUAUGCUUCGUUAGCUUCACCCUUUUCUUGAGAUCAUAAGGAUAUUCGUCAUCGUUCGAACUUAAUUUAAUUUUUUUGGUUAAUUAUUUAC